AUGACAGAAGAAAGCAGGGGGAAGCGAAGGAAACAAGCCAACCCGAAAAGAAAUCGAGUGGAUACUGAGCAGGUCAGCGCUCUGGGAUCUGAGGAAGACGAUGAGGUGGGGUUGUGGAGCCUGGAGCCCCAGGAUUGCCACGAGAGCCCAGACAAGACGAGCCUGACACCCAGCGAGGUGGCGGAGGAGCCCGGCAGCCCUGUCCACUUUACGCGACCACCGGGCCUCAGCCCUGGAAUCAGGAUCUGCUGGGGCCAGGUGGAGUCAGAGGCUCCGGCUGAGGAGGACGACACGCACGCGUCCACAGAAGUAGAGAGGGAGCAGGAACCACUGAGGAUGUACUGUAAGAACUCAGACUCCCAGAAUCAUUUUGAAGAUCUACCCCAUUAUGAGUUUGUGUCUCAGCUGAGGAGGGAUUCGGUAAACUCCUCGGCUGUUUACCGUCAGAGCAGCAGACACGAUGAGCUCCCUCCUGCCAUCUGGUCGCCGGGAGCACAGCACUGCUCACCUGAAUCAGCAGAUGAAAACAGAAGCCAGCAAGCCUGUCCGUUUUGCCAACGAAUGUAUUGGCGAGGCGCCUCUUUGAGGGACCAUGUCAAAUACUGCCAGGAGAGGGAGAGAGGCCACAUGGUCUGUCCACUCUGUGGAUACACUGCCAACCAUAGGUCCCAGAUGGAGCAACACCUAGCACUUCACAAUCAAAUCCAGGACAAGAAUGCCAUCAGUUUGGACCAAAGCAUGGAGACAAGGAAGUUCAAAUGUCUGGAGUGUGGGAAAGCAUUCAAGUACAAACACCACCUCAAAGAGCAUCUUCGCAUCCACAGUGGUGAGAAGCCGUAUGAGUGCUCCAACUGCAAGAAGCGUUUUUCCCACUCUGGCUCCUACAGCUCUCAUUUAAGCAGCAAAAAGUGCCUCAGUGGCGGAGGGCAUGUCGGAGGGAACAUGGGGAGUGGCCAUAACGGACACAGCCAAAGCUCUUACCACAACUCUCUUCCUACAUCUCCCUCUGCUGGUGGGGGUAGAUCAAGCAAUGACCACAGCUCCUUGUUGGCUUUACAAAAUCAGGAAGGUAUCAGGUCUCUGGGCCAUUUGCAAACAGAUUCUCACCAGCAUACCCUGCUGGACUUCCAUCAGAGCUUUCCUGGCACAUCUGACCAAGCCAGUCUGUGGGAUCGUUUACCGGAUCUCCCUCUGAGAAGCAGUAUCGUUAAAGGGACAUCACUGUUGCCUUAUCUUCACUCUGGGACCAAGUUUGACCAGAUGCUGCAGGAGAUGCUUCACAGAGAUGUAAAAAUAGAGCGAGACAAAGAAGAGGUAGAGGAGAGGAGGGUGAUCCACAACGGAAGGGGGUUUGAGAGAAAGGUAUCACCAGACAGGAGAAGAGAAGUGAGAUCAGGUGAAGUACAGAGAGGUACAUUUGGGAUGACGUGUCGCUGGUGCUUGCAGCCCUUCCCAAAUAUGGCGGUCCUCCUACAGCAUGAACACAGCCUCUGUAAGAUGAACAGAGACGUAGUAGAAGCCACUGAGAGUUUUCGAAGGAAAGACCUAUCCUCACCGCCUUUGUUCUUCUCCAGAUCUGCUCUUCACUCAGAAAACACCCAACCAGCUGAAGCAACCAAUGGAUUCUCUGAAAACAGGUCACCUUUACAAAAUCCUCGCUGGCAAUCGGUCCCACAGCAGCUUCUAGAGGCAAGGCCGUCUCCUCCCCCCCGCCCCGAUGCACUGUCCUCACGCAUGUAUCUGUCCAGCCAGGAUAAGGGUAGUCCGAGCCACCUGUCCCCAAGGAUGUCAUCGCCUAGAGGCAGGAAAAGAGUCCCCUCCUCAGGCUUUAAUUCGCCUGUCUGCCUGGAGGUCACAGGUGGUCCACCUGAUGCCUCUCCACCACAGAAAGAGCCCCGCAGUCCGUGGUCUGCCCAGAAUGAACCACUGGACCUCUCUCUACCUAAGCAGCUGUCAGAGCCAAAGGGAAGAAAUACAACUCUUAACGGGAUCUCAGGAAGAGAAGUACAGAGAGAGGUUAGGACCCAGCAACUGAGCAGACCAAGUCCGACUUCUCAUCUGCCCCUACAGCAAUUCCCCAUCCUCAGCAGUUCUGGUGCUCCAGUGUUUCCAGCUUCAGUAUUCAAUGGGUUUAACAUAUUCAGCCAAUCCGGUGUAGGACUUUCACUCCACGAAGGCCUGAUGCAGACUCCAUACAGUCAGGCAGCUUUAAGUCCUAGGUUUCUCUCACCUAUGGCCUACAUGAUGGAAGCCAAUGCAGAAGCUGUCCUGAAAAAGAUCUACGAGGAGAGGCAAAGUUUUAUGGGUGAAGUGUUAAACCGUAGUGCUCUGGACUACCUCUCCAUCACCGAUGAGGGGUUUGAAGGAGAAGGAGGGCCAGGGAGGAAGAGGCUGAAGAAAACAGAGGAAGGACUUUAUGCUUGUGACAUCUGUGACAAAACCUUCCAGAAGAGCAGCUCUCUUCUCCGACACAAAUACGAGCACACAGGUAAGCGUCCUCAUGAGUGCAAGAUCUGCAACAAAGCCUUCAAGCACAAGCACCAUCUAAUCGAGCACAGCCGGCUGCACUCCGGAGAGAAACCCUACCAAUGUGACAAGUGCGGCAAACGCUUCUCCCACUCAGGCUCUUACUCCCAGCACAUGAACCAUCGCUAUGCAUACUGCAGCAAAGACCAGGAUCCGGACCAGGAUCAGGAGGAGAUGCCUCUCACCCCAGGAGCAGGUAGCAGUUUGGUGGGCAGCCUCGGUGAAGACAAAUCUCUGUCUGUGGAUGACCCCCUCAUGACCCACUCCUUCCUCAGCGACUCCAGUCUAGACGGAGCUCCGGAUGCUUUGAAGGAGAGCGAGGAAAAAGAGGAAAGAGUACAGAAGAUACACAAAGGUCUGCUAGAAGUAACAGAGGAUCUGAGGAGUAGUCCCAAUGGAGGGUCACUCACAGAUGGCAGCAACUUGCGAAAUAAGCUUAGUAACUGUGAAUCAGGAAAUCAUAUUAACAAAACAGAGAACCAAAUGUGGGGCAGAGACACUCCGGACCAGAAUGGGGGUUUGGAUAAAUGUGAAAUGAACAUGGAAUUAACAGAGUUACCUACAAUAAUAAUUUAACAAGACUUUAAAAAAGUACUCUUUUUAAAUAUAAAUAUAUAUAUAUAUUCUUUCAUAUACAACAGCCUCAGCAUUGUUUGUUUUUAUUAUUUUACAUGAAAACAUGCACAAAGCACCAAAGAUCACAUGGCCUUAAAAUGGAUGAAGUCAUGCCAAUAAAAAUUGUGUCAAUGCAAAAGACAAUGUUUUACCAUUUUCAAUAGACUUCACUUACAGACACACAUCAUUGUUUCUUUUUUUGUUGUUUUUUUAUUUGUUUUUCAGGACAGCAAAAACCAAAUUGGGUUGACCUCAAAUUUAGAUGUGACAUUGCAUACAGGCUUGCUGUUGUUUAUUGCACACAAAAUAAAAAGUUUGUUGUUUUCCAAUUUAGAAACAUAAGUAUUUUUGCUUUAUACAGUUGAAAUUAUGAUUAUCUGAAGGCCCUAAAGCGGUUUUCUGGUUGUUGGAAUCAGAUUUUGGUGUUCAAUUUAAUGUCCUAACAAAGCUUGAAAACGCAACGAUUAUGUAAGUUAUGUAUUUUUUGCUCUUAAGUGCACAAAACCCCUCUCAGUUCAGUAUUUCUGUUGUUUUAUGUGAUGUUUUUAGGAUUUAUCUGUUUAAUGUAAUGAUUUCUUUAAUUGAAGCUUGUGACUGAUUAUAUAUGUUAGAGCUAAUUGUCAUGUUUGCUGUGAAUUCAAAAAUGUAACUCUUAUUUGCCAGCUCCUCAGAGGUCUCAAUCAGCCAUCUGUUAAAUGUUACAAACAAGCCCCCCAAAAAGAGGAACAGCUGGAAGGUAGCUGUUUAUUCAUGCUUCAAACAAAAAGAUGUGGCCUGCACCUUUUUGAGCGUUCGCCUUACUGGGAGGACAGUCAUUUCUGCAUCUUUGCUUAAGAUGUAAACGGGGGCAAAAGAUAAAGAUAGUGCCCGGGGGGGUUUCCCCUUUAAAGCAGCAGAUUAUGAUAGGAAGCUUUUACCGUUUGCUUGAUUGUCACAAAGAAAUUGGUUGCUUUAAUUCAUCAAGUGCAAAGACAUCUGCAUUUUCUUGUAACAAUUUACAUGCGUUAUGCCUAUUUUUACAGUCACAGAGCAUUAACGUGUCAAACUCUUAGGCUUUUUUGACGAGGUGUGGCAAGAGGGUCAAGACUCAGGACGCAUAGAUCAGUUUUGAACUUCCUCUUUCUGACUGCGGUGUAGUCAACGUGAAAAGUGCCUCAGAUGUACUUAGACGACUGUGAGUAAUCUGAAAAAGCCUUCGUAUGAUGAGGCAGUGCAGACGGUGGUGCAUGAGGUGUGACUAAGCUUGCAGCGCUCAUGCAUACUGCGUACCAAAGAUACUUCUUGUUCACAUUCAUGUGUGUGUGUGUGUGUGUGUGUGUGUUUGUGAGACCAAAGAUAUGCAUGUGUGACACGCCAACUCAUAUGCUAUUCUUGCAUAGUUCCUUACCUGUUAUCUUCCAGCUGAAGAACAGGCAAAUAAGUUUUGCAUUCACUCACUUUCUUCACUCCUCUAAAGUUUGUGUUGCUUUAAAAAUGUCACACCCAUGCAUCUUUUGUAUCAACCUUUUGUAUAUUGUCUUCUUUUUUUUGUAAUAGAAAUGUACAGAAUUUGUCUUAAAAAUCUUGUAUUUCAUUUAUUUUUAUAAUUAAAACAAGACAUUUUUGCACAUUUUCUCUCGAUUGGUUGUUUCAGAUGCAGAUUUCAUAAGAGGCAAAUAAAAAUUUUUAGCCAUGUAACGUCCUUUUUAUGAGUCCGCCUUUCAAGUUCCAUUCAGGAGUGUAGCUCUGCAAUGAAAUUGAGUGAUGUGGUCAAAUAGCAGCAAAAAGCGCAGCAGAAAGUUACUGAUUAGUUACGAAAUUAACUGUGGGAAGCUCAAUUCUGCAUCAGUACAUAGCAGAAUCCCACCCAGAUGAAUGCAGUUAUGAGUAGUCUGCAGCUCUCAUUUGAGUUCAUAAAGUAAACAUUUUUAUUGCAAUUUACCCUUUGAUGUGGAGUAAAACUCUUCUCUACAAAUUAACAUACCAUCCAAGGAUUUUAAAGCAUUCUUGGGGGAGCUACUUGUAACAAAAAUGCAUCUUGAGGCUAAAUUUCUUGUGGUAUCAGUCAGAUUUAAGUUUUGCUCCAUUUCUGACCAGGUUUGGUACGUUGAUGUGCACAUGCCUGUAUCCGUUGUAUAAGGUUUGUAUUCUAAAGUUUAAUUUAACUUGAUCUGUGGAUGUUAACAUACAUUUUGUACUGUUGGAGGAUCCAUUAAAAGAAAACGC